AUGUCGAAAGGAUUUUGGGAACAAAUGAAAGGGUUCCCCACAUGGCAACUCUCAUUAAUAUGUUUAAUCAGACUAGGUGAGCCGAUGGUGUUUACUUCGAUUUUUGCCUACAUCUUUUUCAUGAUUCAAGAUUUUAACAUCACUGAUAACCCCGCUGAAAUUGCCACUUAUGCCGGUUACUUAUCAGCCUCAUUUGCCAUUUGUCAAUUUUUGUUCUCAGUCCAAUAUGCACAGGCUUCAGUUAAAUAUGGUAGAAAGCCAGUAUUAUUAUUUGGUGUUUUGGGGACGGCAAUUUCAAGUCUUUUAUUUGGUUUCUCGUCAACAUUCACCAUGGCAUUAGUAGCUAGAUCAUUAAUGGGUGCAUUGAAUGGAAACAUAGCUGUGAUGAGAGUAGCCAUUGGUGAGAUUGCAGUGAAAAAGAAACAUCAGAAUAUGGCUUUUACCGCGUUAUCGGUGAUGUGGGGUAUUGGUCUGAUCAUUGGACCUUUGAUUGGAAGUAGCCCUUGGUUUACAAGACCUGGUAAGACAGAACUGCCUGAACUUAUGAGCUACGAAGAUUUCGUUACAAUGCAUCCUUAUGCGAUGUCCAAUAUUGUGUUGGCUGGUUAUCUUCUCUUCAGUUUUAUAUUGGGAUUUUUGUUCCUUGAAGAAACCUCUGAAAAGUUUAAGAACAGAAAAGAUUACGGAUUGAUAAUUGGUGAUUGGAUUUUGCAGAAAUUGGGGUGGGAUGUUCCAAAUAGAUCAGGACAUAUAGCUCCUUCUGACAUUGAACUGUCUCAUGAAAGAGAGGAAUUGUUACGUCCUGUAGAGAUUUAUUCAGCUGCUGAUGGUGAAGAGGAAGAAAAUGAUGAAGAAAUUGAUAAUACGUUGAUAUCGCGCAGAUUUGGAAAUGCAGCUAGACGAAGAUACUCUUCAGAACAACUUGGUCCGGUUAUAUCCAGGGACGGAAAUUCAGUGACGACAAACGCGAGCCAGCCGUUCACUAAAGAAGUUUUUACUGUACCGGUUGUACAAACCGUGUUGUCCAAUUUCUUGCUUUGUUUUCAUACAGUAUUGUACUCCGAAUUUAUGCCAGUGUUGCUAGCUAGCCAAUUACUGAUUGACAAGCUAAGGUUCCCAUUUACGAUAGUCGGUGGAUUUGGGUGGCAGACGAAUGAUAUUGGUGCAUUAUUAUCUUCAACUGGAAUUAUUGGAAGUCUUGCAGUGAUUUUCUUGUUUCCUGUAUUGGAUCACCAUUUCAAGUCAAUAACCAUUUUACGAAUGUCGUAUGCCUUAGUCCCUUUAGCAUACGCUAUAAUUCCGUAUUAUUUAUUUACUACCCAUGAUUAUGACCCUUCCAAUCCGAAAUGGUUAGCAAGAAGUUUAUUGUACUUCACUGGUAUGGUAAUCACUGGUUCUGUUUCAGUGAGUUUCCCAACAACAAUGAUUUUGGUUCAUAGAGCUUCACCUGAAAAGCAUAGAGCUUUGAUCAAUGGAUCAAGUUUGAGUUUAAAUUCUUUGGCUAGAGGUAUUAGUCCAAUCAUUUUUGGACACUUCAUGACAUGGUGUAACGAACGAGAAAUUGGCAGUAUGCCAUGGGUUGUUUUGGGUGUACUUGCACUCAUUUGUUUAAUCCAAUCAUUCUAUAUGAGUGAUUAUGAUGAUGAGGAACAGUCACUAUAA